UUGGUAUGACUCAGGGGCGGACUGACCAUUUGGAAACUCAGACACUGCCCGAGGGCCUGGGGUCAGUAGGGGGCCCCAUGAGAUGCCCCUGGUACCUUUUUCAUAGGCUUUUUUGAGUUUGGGCAAGGACACAGGGGCCCCAUGAUCCCCUAUUGGCCGGGGGCCUCAUGAGUUAUCAGUCCGCCCCUGGUAUGACUACGUUUAUUUUUUGCCAUCUGUGUCCCAUUGGGGAGAUUUCCAUUCUCUUUCAGUCC